CGAACAUCUCGAGGACAGCCUGUAUGAGACGGUCUUCUUUCGUGUGCUGCCGCGUUGGACGCCUAUAAGCUGAGGAUUAACUUCACCUUUUUGUUCCCCGAUACCCGGAAGUAUCUCAGACAUUGCCCAGAGAACCCAUUGUCUCAUGCAGGAAUAAGUCCUGGCAGGUUCUUUGACUUCUUCCAUUCUCUUAUCGAGUGCCCAAACUCGCAGCAGGAACCGCUGUGCUAUUCCGGAGAUGUCUCGAGAAGGCGUCGAGUCCAAGGCGAGCUCUGUCACUUCGGUUGACGGCCGCCAGGGCUUCCUCGAGCCGCGCCAACUUCACGUGCCAGAGACUGUUCUCGGGGGAGCUCGGAGAUGGAAUACAGGGGACCUGGGAUCAAGACUGGCAGUCGAUAUGGUUAGCGCUGCGACUGCUGGUGCCCUCAUAUGUCCGAUGAUCACCAUUAUUGACAAAUCGAUUAUUGAGAAAGCAGCAAAGGGGAUAUCAAUUCAAUCGAGUUUGGCCUCAUCAUUGAAGGUCAUGAUAACAAAACCCCAUCGAUUCCUCACUUCGACUCCCUUCCUGCUCAUUUACACUCUUUACUCAUCCACGUACCUCUCCGCCAACCUGAUCGACACUGCCGUGUCAACUAUGGAAGAUAAGGCUUAUAACAAUGUAUCGACCGGAUUCAUGAAAUUCCUAACCACGGCAUUGGUGAACAUGUCAAUAUGCGUGUAUAAAGACUCCCGGUUUGUUAAGAUAUUUGGAACCCAAGGACAAGGAAACAAACCGUUAUCAGCAUCCGCAAAGGGCCUAACUGCUGCUGGUGCUGUGACUCCACAGAUCAAAGCAGCGGCCGCGUGCCUACCGCAAAGCGCACCAAAGAUUCCAAUAACAUCAUAUGGUCUCUUCUGCUUCCGAGAUAGUAUCACCAUCUUUGCUUCCUUCAAUCUCCCGCCCAUAGUAGCCAGAUAUGUACCGGAUGCAGUUGCAUCAAAUCAACUGCUCUGAUUGAGUCAAUUGAAGGCAAGGCUGGAAAGCAUCCAGCUAAUCAGCACGCCCUUCCACUUGCUAGGACUGGACCUCUAUAAUCGCCAGCCUCCUGGCGGGCUACC